AUGGAUUACCUCUCACUACAGUUAGGUGUUCAGUGCCUUUUCUAUCUAUUUCUUUCGCUUUUCCUGAUAGAGAAUGCUACAUCCACAGCUUUAAAAGAUUCUACUGAUGUAGAAAAUGGAGUUUUUCUUUACUGCAACUUUUUCCCCUUUCCGAAUCAUAAACUUAAUUCCACACCGAUCGAAUCUAUUAUCGUGGACAGUGCUGAUGACUGUGUGGAAGCGUGCGCUGAACUUGUGCAAUGCCGAUCACUGAAUUUCGGUCCAACUCUGAAGGUAGAUAAUAAAUCAAUUUGUCAUCUCUUGGACGCGGAUAAAUUUACUUCACUGGAUUUGUUCAUUGAAAGUACAGAAUUUCAUCACUAUAGUUUCACGGUAAGUCAAGCUGUAACAUCAUUUUCAGCUAUCGAGGUUUUCACUCCUUUUCAGUACGUUGUAGGUGUUAAUUCUCCUUGGCAUGUAAUUCUGUAGAGACAAAUUUCACGAGGCUAAAACUUCACGCGUAUUUGGAGAAAAAAAAAACUUGGAUAUAAAGAAACUUUUUGCAAUUUUUCAAAAAUCAUCUGAAUGAAAAAAAGUAGGUUUCUCCGAAAGGGGGCUACAGCCAAUUUGAUUCAGUAUAUAAUUGUAAAGACGUACUUAAAGACUGUUACAAAGCGAAACCUUUACAAAAACUUAUGCGUUUGAGACUUAGCACAGCCUUUUUGCAUUUAUCUACGAAAUAUAGAAGUUUUAGUUUUAUAGUAUUUUAUAUUUGAAUUUCAUUAAUAUUUUUUAAUGAAUUCUUGGGCGGGGAAGCGGUAGGUUAGUAAAUUUUGCGUCGUUAAUUUCCAGACCGCAACUGUUUUUCUGGCUCUUAAAUUUCGCGAAUUUCUUUGGUAUCCCGAACAUCUUGAAAUAAAAGCGGAACAAGUUAGUCGCAAUAGUUCUUGAUGAGGACAGAAUCUUUAAAGUAUAGAGGGAUCUUAACAAUACUAUCACACUUGCUUUGUUUUCCGGUUUCAUUUAUUAUUUACGAGUUAAAGCCAUUAUUUUUUGGCGAACCCGCACAAGUUACAACAAAGACUGUCAAUGUUUUCAUGAAACAACAGCUAAAGCAAUGCACCCUAAAACAAUCUGUAGUUUUUAUUGCACAGUCUGAUAAAGUCCAAAAUAUAUUUGUUCAUCCGUUGUUUCUUAAUCAGAACCAGUUUAACUACUCUAGAGACAUCUUUAUGAAUAAAAAAAAAUGACUUUUUUCAGGUGAAAUCAAGUAUUUCUCUAUAAAGGUACCAUAUGUUUGACAUAUAUUCAGUAUACUUUUCCGCAUGCAUCAACAUUGUUCGGGAACGUUUAAAUCAACUGAAUUGAACUGAAACGUCUUUACGUACCAAAUUAUAGUAUACAUCAUGGAACAAAACAGACAAUUUUGUUAUAAACUUUUAACAUUUAUUUAUCAACAAAUUUUAAUUUAAAAAAAAUAAAAUAACAUUUCCACCGCUUUUGACAAUGCUCUAAUUAAAUUUAGUUUCGGUACUUUAUAGUUAAAGCAAGUUGCCUGCGAAUACAAUCUCUUCUUGUCGUUCCAGGCGGUAUCAAGGGGGUACAACAGCAACAAUAAGCUGAUUUAAUCAGCGUAGGUAAACAACUAAUCAGUCAUCUGUCCUUUUCCCAUAUAAUUAAAAAAAAAAAACACUUCAUGAUCAAUUCCCACUCUAAUUGAAGUGCCAACAAACAAAUGGUUUUGUCAAUUUAUCAGAAAGCCGUGACUAGAUUUUCAUUUCAUAUUCCUAACAAAUACCUAAGAGAUACGUCUUAGCUAAAUCCAUUUUUUACAAAGAGGUUACUUAGCAGACGAUAUUCUUAAAGAUACAAACCAGCUAUCAAAAAGCUCGAAUCAAAUUUUAGUCUCGUAUAAUUCCACGACAUAAGAAUAAUCAAGAGCUCAAAAAUUUUAAAAUUUAGCCUUUAAGUUUGGAGUCAGUUUUAAACAGAAAUAUCAUUGUUGCGAUUUUUGCUCUACCCAGGCUCCUUGUGCCCGUAACCCGUGCAAGAACAACGGCACUUGUUUCCCUGUCGAAGGAAAGCACGACUUCCUGUGCGCAUGUCCAGCGUAUUAUCAGGGGAAAAUAUGUGAUUCAGGUAAGCAGUGGCAGAUUCAGUUGUUCAAGUAAGUGGGAGCAGGAUGGGCGUAGCCCGUUCUCCCAGAUCUAACCUGAGACAAGAGAAAACUCUUGCCUGAGAUCAGGCUCCCUCUCCAAAUAACAUUCCGGCGGGCAAGGCGUAACGGCAGCCGUUAGAGAGAAUGUAUGAGAACAGCUAAAAUUGGGGCUGAUCUCAGGUUAUUCCAGAUCCUGAGAUAAAAGAAGGGCAUUGGCCUCCAAAAUAAUUUUUCUUGACCCCGACAUAGUCUGCAACCUCAAAUCCAAUGGUAAACAUUUGAACGCGCUUACUUAUCCUCGAUUACUGCUAGUUUUAGAGUUUUCUUGUUCCUUGAUAGUAGUAUAAUGGGAUGAAAUUAGUC